UGUGUAUCUGAAAGAAUGUAGCUGGAGACAUCAAGCCGCGCCCGCGAAGGCACGGAGAGACGGUCAAGCUGCGUCGGCGAAGGCAGGGAAAGACGGUCAAGCCGCGUCCGCGAAGGCAGGGAGAGACAAACCGUUCAAGAGGCAUUUGGGAGGCAAAGAAACCGGGAAAACGAGGGCUAGAGAAACCAAAGUCCUACAUCUUCAUCCACAAAUUCGUACACAUCUGCACUUCAUGGCAACGCAUCCAUCCAAGGAAGAUUUUUCAUCUCUAAUUUCCUCAAUUUCCUCCAAUUAUGAUCAAACUCUAUGUUAAAGUUAUUGUCCCUAAUUUUGAUUUUCAUUUUUGUUGUGAAUUGGUUCAGUGUGAAUUUGCAUUUUUCUAUGUGUCCCGUAGUUUUCCAUGAAUGGUAUGUUUUGUGGUUAACAACAGUAGUCAUUUGCUCCCUGAGAAACCUUCACUUAUAUAAACUCUAAUACCACAUCCUAAACACCUUACUGAAUAAGAAGAUCUUAUUGGCCUGGUGAAAUGACCUUUUGACAGGUCUGUAGCUCCGGUGAUGAACUUACAAGAAUCAAUAUUUAAUGUCAUUUUUACUGGUUCCUUUUGUUUUAUUUUGAAACGAAGUAACCAUGUCUUCUUCUUCUUCUUCACCGUCUUGACGGGAGAGAGGCCAGACGAUUUUUUUAAGCCAAAGAUAGAUGGAGAGGAAGAUGCGGGUUUUUUGUUUGGAAGGAUGAAGUGUUGUCCUGAAGUGACCAACAAAGGGAGACAAAUGGGGGAAGUUGUGGUUCAGGACCAUUUUCAAUUGAGGAGUUGAAGGCCUUUCUUUUUGCUAUGAAUAGUGAAUUAGAAAGCAUCAUAACAAUUGUUCAUUCUGAAGCAAAAGACAAGCUAUUUUGGAAGAGAAUAUGUCUUGUUUUUGUAAUGGUUUUUGUAGUCGUUGUUAUGGUAAACAAAUGUAAUAUGUACUGAGUGUUUGACCCCAAGGGCUGUUAUUCUAUUUUAAUUGUAGUUGUACUAUUGAGUACAUGUGAUCUUGUGUUUUUUGUUCAAUCAAAUUGUGGUAAACAAUGAGGAUUUAUGGCUUAGUGUUGCUGGUUUUUGGUUUUCA